AUGUCGCCAGAGGAAUUGUGCUUAGUGGUCUCUAGGUUGGCAGCCCUUGGGGUGCCAAAGGAUUUCAUUUGGCUGGUGGUAUUCACUUACUGGUACACCUUGGGCGCCAUUCAUCACUUCGAAGGACUGCAGGUCAUAGAAAUGUUUGCUGGCGUUGCCCGAGUAGCAAAGGUGGCCUCACGACUUGGGCUUAGGUCCAGGGCUUUUGAAAUCAUGUUUGAUGCAUCUCACGGCAAGAAACGAUACAAAAAGAAUGGCCACAUGAAGCGGAGCUUCAUGGACAUGAAUGGAGACGCAGGGUUUGCGCUUGCAGUGGCCUUGAUCCUGGCAAGCAAGUGGGGAGACUGCUUGGCCCUGCUUGCUAUAGUUUGCAGUUCCUUUUCAGUGGUCAACCGGGGCACCAGUGAAAGGGAUGAACUCAUUCCAUGGGGCGCCAGUUUCAGACCUUCAGUGAGAACAGCAAACAAAAUGACAACCAGGUCAACCUUGCUCUUCGCCUUGGUCGCGUGUAUGGAUUCAGUCUUCCUUUUGGAAAACCCAGGUGGGUCUUGUAUAAUGACUCACCCCAGACUUGCGUGGCUCGUCAAAAGGCUCUAUUGUCUGGGAAUGCCAGUAUUUCGAACAUUCUUCUGGAUGGCUAAUCAUGGCGCACCUACUCCAAAACGUACACAAUGUGUUUCCAAUAGUGCUACGAUCAGAAAGCUGGAUUUGGGGCUUCUCCGUAGAGCAGGCAAGGUCAAGGAAGAGGACGAAACCACUAUAACUUAUGAGAAUCAAGAAGGAGAAAAGAAGUUUAAAGGAGCCCCUGGACUCAAGAAGACGCAGAUCUACACACCACGGUUUGCAAAAGCUGUGGUCAACAUGGUUCCACAGAUGAAAUGGGAGUCGCGGGAAUCUAUCCCUGUAGCCAACCGGAUUGCGCCGGCUGAGCUUCCAGGCUUUGUUUCCGGGCUGGAGUGGAGUGCCUGGGAGGAGGCCGAGUUGGCCGAUUGCUUGGUGUACCUUCGGAAGUCUUCCAAGCUGGUCAUCCCAAAUGAGUGGGCCAGUGUAGAACUUGAGAAACAAGCCGCAGCCGAACAGUUAGCAUCUCAGCGGACCUUGGACUAUUCGCUUCAACAUGAUGCCCAACCCCGUGAGUGGCCCUGGGCUUCGCCAGCGCGUCUCGCAUCGGAUCCCACGGUAUUGGACACGGACAAGUCUUUUGAGUCCACUCUUCCCGCUAUUCCAACGCCAGUCCGCACAUCCCGGGCGCAGCCACCAUCAAUCUUGGUCCACUCACAGUCGAAGGACCUGGAAGAUGGACUUGAUGACCUGGAGGCCAUCAUGGAUGAUUGGCAGAGUGGGCCAAAAUCCAAAAAACGGCAACAACUCCAACAGAUCUUUCAGAUGUGCGGGUUCGAUCCAGCAACUUUCAUUGAGGAGGUGGAGGUCAUAAGAUCUGAACUGGAGGAGUCUGAGGUCACUGUAGAGGGGGAGAACAUAAGCAAGGAUGAUAUGCUCAAUGAAUGGGGAUGGUCUGAGCCGCGGGUGAGCGCUGUCAUAAAGUUCUGCCGCACAUGCCCUGCCAAAUACAUGAGGCGCGACAAAUACGAAGCUAAAACCCUUUACUGGGCAGAGAAGACCAUCAAGGGUGUGCAUAGGAAGAAAACGUCUACACAAAUGAACAGAACUGCGCGCUGGAGGGAACUUGGCAUCAAGGGCAAUCUGUCGCCGGCAGGGGUCGUAGAGCUUGCCCCUCAAGGGGGUCAUGGAGCUGCUGGAAAGGAUGCCAGUGUCCCGAAAGGUGCAAGCGAUGAUGAAGUCGAACCCGACGCAGACCUUGAGGUAGACAACCUGGCAGAGAUUCGGAAGCAGGCAGGCUUGCCUGACAUCCCUCCGGAUGGUUUGCCAUCUGCGUCCGCCCAAAAGAUGAUGACCUGCAUUGACAAACGUGUCGCCAAGCUACGUCUUGGACUCGAGAAGUUCGAAGCGGCUGGGAAUUUGUCGGAUCUCCAGACUAGGAUGAAGAACAAGAUCGAAGAGGUCAUCACAAACCUCGAGACAAAGCAGAAAACGAUUGAGGAGACCUUCAACAACGGUGUAGUCGAUGGCUUGAGCCGCAAGGUGGAGAGCACGCUUCGCGGCCUAUUCACUGAAGCGCAGCGGUCGGCGAUGGAAGCAGUUUCAUUGGAAGGGAGGAUGAGGACGCUGUACCCGAAGGUCGAGAAGCCGGCUGCGAAACGCAAAACCACAAAAACGCGUAGAGAAGCUAAGGCUAAGGCCUCGGCAAAGGAUAAACGCGUUCCUGCAAAGCAGGAGAAGCCGUCACCAGCUCCCAAGCGCAAACGCGCCAAGUGA